AUGAGCCACCUCCCCAGCCUCAAGGAAUGCGAAUCGCCUCUCUUUGACGCUACCAAUCGCGGCCCCAUCAAGCGACCCUUCAAGGCCAACGCCAACAUCAUACGUCCCGGGGAUCCUGUGGACGCGAAUGAAUUCAUCAUCGCGAUUGCGGCUCAGGAGAGGAGAGUGCUAGAGCUGCGAGAGGAACUACUCCGAGCCGAGUCUGAGCUUUCCACUCUCAAGAAGAAAUGGUCUUCGAAGGAGGUCUACAGCCGCCGACAUGAGUCGCGUCAUUCGGAAACUUCCCGGCCUACAACCACAGCCCCUCUAGAAGUAGACACCGGCUCAGCCAGGCAGAGUGUCGAUCUAGACCGCAGGAGGCUGCUUCUGCAGCAACCCAACACUCCAACGCAAAAGGGCCGCAGAGUGCUUCGCGGCGGACAUGCUCGCACGCUCUCUCUGCUGUCACCUCCCAAGUCUUACCCCGAUUUCGCGAUACUCGAAGAUCGCAACUAUGAGCCCGUCAGCCUACCUUUACCUCCGAUUGAGCGUCGCGCAGCUCAAUUGACCAACCCCAACCUGGCGAAGCGCGCGUCUUGGCAGCCGCAAAGCCAUCGUCAGCAAUCCAAUGUUCCUGGGCUUGUGGAGGACUUUAGGAUGGGACUCAAAGCCUUUGUCGAAGACAUUCGUCAGAUCACUGUCGGCGAGGAGCCCAUCAGCGGCUCUCCCGCCAAUGCAGCGGGCCAGCAGCGUCCAAGCAUGACCACGAGCCAGUCGUCGGGGGAUCUCGAGACGAUACGUUCUAGCCAACCUGCACGACCAAAGGUGAGCAGCACUUUCGAUAUUCCAAUCGCAACCGCUGCGAGUACACCGUCAACCCAAAAGGCCAAUGACGGAACUUGCCAAGACAAGCCCAAGGCUGGCAGGAACAAGCGGUUCUCCUGGACACCGCUGAGCUUCGACUCGGUGGACGAUAGCAGCUGGUCCAAUUGGGACUCGCCUGCGUCGGCCAAGUCCACCCGCUGGAGUGGCUCGACCAUCAACAGUGGUGGUGCCGAAGACAUCGAGUCGAUCCCUGAAGCAUCCGAGGAGGUCGAGACUCCAUCCAAGCCAAAAUCAACACCCGAAGACGCCCCUCUCCUGUCGCCGAAACUUGGCGAAAUCCUUCCAAGUAUGGUCAAUAAGUUCACGCCUAGCAAUAUCAAACGCACCGCCAACCACAUCAUGGACGAGUGGGAGAAAUCGUUGAUCGAGCCUCAGACUGCGAACGACAAGGAAAACAGCUUUUGA